AUGUGUACUGAUUUUAGAUAUAAGGAAAAUUCUGAAGAAAAUGAUAAUACCAAACAACAUCAAUUAUUAUCUUAUGCAGAUGGCGUGGAAAACGGUAAACAAUCCAACAAUCAACGAAAUUUUCGACAAUGGAAUAGACGAAAUAUUAACAACAAUAAGCAAUAUAAACAUAAUCAUAAUAAUCCUAAGCAUGAAAAAGAUAUGUACAACGAACUAUUAUGUUUGAAAGAUCCGAUUAACGCUCUCAAUAAUAGUUUAACGCCAAAAAAACAAACUAAAAAUAUUAAUACGAAACAAUCGACGUCUGGUAAUGUGAUUAAUAAGGCAGUAGUUAUUAAUGAUAACGCUAAGAGACUUCAUAUGGAAACGAGCUCUUUAGAUAAUGAUUUGGGUAUUGAAGAAUUCGAAAAGAAACUUGAAGCCUCGAACAAACAAGUUCAACAAAACACUACUAUUCUUCAAGAUGCCGCAUCUAAACUCACUUAUACUUUAGAUGACGAUGUUGAAUUAGAAGACUAA